AUGAUGUUCCGAGACCAGGUGGGCAUCCUCACUGGCUGGUUCAAGGGCUGGAAUGAGUGUGAGCAGACGGUGGCCCUCUUGUCACUUCUGAAGCGGGUCACCCGCACCCAGGCCCGCUUCCUGCAGCUCUGCCUGGAGCACUCACUGGCAGACUGCAAUGACAUCCACCUGCUGGAGUCGGAGGCCAACAGUGCUGCUGUCGUCGGCCAGUGGCAGCAGGAGUCCAAAGAGAAAGUGGUGUCCCUCCUGCUCUCCCACCUGCCCCUGCUGCAGCCUGGCAAUACAGAGGCCAAGACGGAGUACAUGAGGCUCCUGCAGAAGGUGCUGGCCUACUCGAUCGAAAGCAAUGCCUUCAUCGAGGAGAGCCGCCAGCUGCUCUCCUACGCCCUCAUCCACCCGGCCACCACGCUGGAGGACCGCAACGCACUGGCCCUCUGGCUGAGCCACCUGGAGGAGCGGCUGGCUAGCGGCUUCCGCCCCCGGCCCGAACCCCCCUACCACUCACGCCAGGGCUCAGAUGAGUGGGGGGGCCCUGCAGAGUUGGGUCCUGGGGAGGCAGGACCAGGCUGGCAAGACAAGCCACCCCGGGAAAAUGGACAUGUGCCCUUCCACCCACCCAGCUCAGUGCCAUCACCCAUCAACAGUAUUGGGAGCAAUGCAAACGCAGGUCUCCCCUGCCAAAUCCACCCCAGCCCGCUGAAGCGCUCCAUGUCACUCAUCCCCACGAGCCCACAGGCCCCUGGUGAGUGGCCCAGUCCAGAAGAGCUCGGGGCCCGGGCUGCCUUCAGCACGCCCGACCACGCGCCCCUCUCGCCCCAGAGCAGCGUGGCCUCCUCUGGCAGCGAGCAGACGGAGGAGCAGGGCUCCAGCCGGAACACUUUCCAGGAGGAUGGCAGCGGAAUGAAAGAUGUGCCCUCAUGGCUCAAGAGCCUUCGCUUGCACAAGUAUGCAGCCCUCUUCUCACAGAUGAGCUACGAGGAGAUGAUGACACUGACUGAGCAGCACUUGGAGUCUCAGAAUGUCACCAAAGGUGCCCGCCACAAGAUAGCCCUGAGCAUCCAGAAGCUGCGUGAGAGGCAGAGUGUUCUCAAGUCCCUGGAGAAGGAUGUGCUUGAAGGCGGGAAUCUGCGAAAUGCUCUGCAGGAGCUGCAGCAGAUCAUCAUCACGCCCAUCAAGGCCUACAGUGUCCUCCAAGCCACCGUGGCCGCCGCCGCCGCCGCCACCACCACCCCUACUGCCAAGGAUGGGGGUCGAGGGGAGCCGCCGCUGCCAGGUGCUGACCCUCCCCUGGCCCAUUCCGGCACUGACAAGGGCACUGAGGCCAAAGACCCGUCAGCUGCAGAGAGCUACCCCCCGCCACCAACUCCGGCUCCCGCUGAUGGCAAUGAACCAGCCCCGGCUCCCGUCGCCGAUGGAGACAUCCCCAGCCAGUUUACACGGGUGAUGGGCAAAGUGUGCACCCAGUUGCUGGUGUCCCGGCCAGACGAGGAGAACAUCACCAGUUACCUCCAGCUCAUCGAAAAGUGCCUGACUCAUGAGGCUUUCACGGAGACACAGAAGAAAAGACUGCUUUCCUGGAAACAGCAGGUGCUGAAGCUCCUCCGGACGUUCCCUCGCAAAGCCGCCCUGGAGAUGCAGAGCUACCGGCAGCAGAAAGGCUGGGCGUUCGGCUCCAACUCGCUCCCCAUAGCUGGCUCUGUGGGGAUGGGGGUGGCCCGGCGGACCCAGCGGCAGUUCCCCAUGCCUCCCCGGGCCCUCCCGCCCAGCAGGAUGGGCCUUCUGAGCCCCUCGGGCAUUGGGGGUGUCUCCCCCCGACACGCCCUCACCAGCCCCAGCCUUGGGGCCCAGGGCCGACAGAAUCUGUGGUUUGCCAACCCUGGAGGCAGCAACAGCAUGCCCAGCCAGAGCCGCAGCUCCGUGCAGCGCACCCACUCGCUCCCAGUCCACUCAUCACCCCAGGCCAUUCUCAUGUUUCCUCCAGACUGCCCGGUCCCUGGGCCUGACCUGGAGAUCAAUCCCACUCUGGAGUCUCUGUGUCUGAGCAUGACAGAACACGCCUUGGGGGAUGGGACAGACAAAACCUCCACCAUCUGACAGGACCCACAGCCCAGCGCACCCAUAGGCUCCCGGGGCGGCGGGCGGGGGCCAACCCCCAACGGGCUUCUCCGCAACAGCGAGGGUGGGCUGGCUCAGCUAUACAUUCUCAUAUUUUUCUACUCUCUCACCCUUUUAACUUCUGUGUAACAUCGGCACCCGCCAUGCUUACUCCCAGGCCCAUCACGGGAUCUCUGCUGAGGCUGGGGGAGGUAGGGGGCCAGCCAGGAAAAGGGGGGCAGGAACUGGCCAGACUGCCUCCCCCUCCCUUCCCUUCCUCAUCCCCCGAGUGACCCACUCCCAUCCCCACUUCCUCCAGACCACUGACCACUUGCUCUUCCCCAAGGGAGCAGACAUCCCCUGAGAUAAACUGACCCCCUCCCUUGUGGAGCCUGCUCAGAAACAUUGGACACUGGGGAGAAGUUCCCUGCUCCCCAGGAACAUUAUUUGAGAGGAGCUGGGGAGCAGCAGUGGGGUGAGAAGAGGAACUCCUCUCUUUCCUCCCACUUCUUCCUCUUCCCCACCCAUCCUUUGAGGACAGGAGCUACCUUCCUUCCUCUCACCUCCUUUUGCCCUGUUUAUCAGAGGUUCUCUACAAUUAAUUUCUUAGGCCUAUUUAAGAGACAUAUUUAUAUAGUU